GAUGGUUCGGUGGCACAACCGUGGUGGCCCCGCCGCCGCAUCCGUCGCGACGUUAGCAGGCAUGAUUUGUGCAGGAAAUGCAUCGCGAGCUGUCUUUGGCCCACGCGUUCUCUCCUGGGACAAUACACCCAACACCACCAACGACACACUGGCACCGACAACGACUCGAGUUCACACGACGCAGACACCUGCGACCACCACCACAUUGCAUCCAUCGACAACAAUAGCGUCGACGACGCCGCCGCCACCACCAACCACCACCACCAUACUGCCGACGACGAUCCUGCCGACCACGACCAUCGCUUCCGUCAGUACAACCACAGUGCCGGCAACGAUGUCGCCCAGUACGACGACCACCAUCGCGCCACCCACAACGAUUCCCACCACUUGGUCUCCCACAACGACCGUUCCAGCUUCCGCCAUUCACGUCGACGAGUCGACUACAGUGAACCCUCCCACCCAGAUACCGACCGCAACAGUGCAGGCACAGGCGGAUCCGUCCGCGGCGGGCGGGAUGUCUGGCCCCGCCAUGGCGUGCCUCGUUGUUGGUGGCCUCAUCCUCGUUUGCGUUGCAAUCAUUGCUUACAGCAGGUACCAGCGCCGCCUCUCAAAGCGGCGACUGUCCGAUAAGGACGAUGCAGGCCUGCGCAUUACCCACGACGACUCGGACAACGACGGCUUGACCAUGAUUGAAAUGACCGAAGUAUCGGGGGAACAGUACCCGUUCAAACACUACCCUAAGUCGCCAGUCCCCGUGCUUAGUUUGCGGCACUACGAAUGCGACACGAAGUCGAUGGCCAAGACCGAAUCGACCAAGGUCAGCAGCACGAGCUUCAACAUGUUCGCACGACAUACCAGCGACAGCAUUGACUCGUAUCGAGCAAGUCCUCACGGCGAAAUGUACCGAAACAUGGCGUCGCCAACGUACUCGCCUCGAACGAGACAGAGCCACACGUUGUCGGAAUCGUUGCCUGCUUCACCACGGACGAGCCGUCGCACCGACGACUUCUUAUUCAGCCUGCAGUUCUCGAGAGGAAGCAGCAUGACCACCCCCGGCUUUGGCGCAUAUCCGUCCAACCUGCUACGAAACAGCGACGAUCUAUCUGUCUACAGCGACCGGUCGGACGGCACCAACUUGUAGUAAUAGCACCCUUCCUCACGCCCUCGUAAUUUAGCCCUAUUCACACUUCG